AAGUUUGAAGUGUACGUCCUAAAAGAGGGGUGGGAUCAAUACAGGAAUUGCAAUAUGAUGGCAAUAGACACUGUGUCAGCUGUGCGUUCGUAAAUAAAACAGAAAUAUGAUUUGGAAUUCUAUGUAUAGCGACUUUAGUAUUCCAAAGGGACUUUGUCCCUUUAUAUUUUGAGCAACGCAGUUUCUUUAGUGGACGGUGCGUGUAGGCUACGUGAGGCUUGGGUUGACACGGUCCACCAACACCAUCUAGGCCAGAUACACAGAACAGCCUGUACGGUGUUUAGGAACCUUCCAGAGAUUCUUCGCCACACAGAUGCCAGGUGAUUGCUGACGCUUGAUCCCAGUUUCCCCCGGCCGCCCCAUCCCAAGGCUGAGCUCUAUGAUUUGCGGAGAGACCAUGUCUGCCGUCAACAUCACCAGCGACCUCCUGCACAGGCAGAUCAGGGAAAAGAGGGCGUUGGGGUUCCAGAGGCAUUAUCAUGUGACUGAUCCCUUCAUUAAGAGACUGGGUCUGGAGGCAGAGCUGCAGGGCCACUCUGGUUGUGUGAAUUGCCUGGAAUGGAAUGAAAAUGGAGAUCUGUUGGCAUCUGGCUCAGAUGACCAGCAUGCCAUAGUCUGGGAUCCUUUCAGACACAAGAAGCUGAUCACCAUGCACACUGGCCAUGCAGCUAACAUCUUCUCUGUGAAGUUCCUGCCUCACUCAGGCGACCGCAUCCUAGUGACCGGUGCGGCCGACACCAAAGUGCACGUGCACGACCUGACCGUCAAGGAGACCAUCCACAUGUUUUCCGACCACACCAACCGCGUGAAGCGCAUCGCCACAGCGCCCAUGUGGCCCAACACCUUCUGGAGCGCCGCCGAGGACGGCGUCAUCAGGCAGUACGACUUGCGAGAGAGCAGUAAGCGCUCCGAAGUACUCAUCGACCUAACGGAAUACUGCGGCCAGCUGGUAGAAGCCAAGUGCCUAGCGGUGAACCCGCGCGACAACAAUUACCUGGCCGUGGGAGCCAAUGGGCCCUUCGUACGUCUCUAUGACAUCCGUAUGAUUCACAAUCACAGGAAGUCCAUGACCCAGAAUCCCACCGCUGGCGUGCAUACGUUUUGUGAUAAGCGGAAGCCUAUUCCUGACGGAGCCGGACAGUACUAUGUGGCAGGUCACCUUCCCGUGAAGCUGCCGGACUACAAUAACCGUCUGAGGGUGUUGGUGGCCACUUACGUGACGUUCAGUCCUGAUGGCACUGAGCUGCUGGUCAACAUGGGAGGAGAACAGGUAUACCUAUUUGACCUGAUGUUCAAACAGAGGCCGUACACUUUCCUUCUACCCAAAAAGUGCCAAUCAUCAUCUGAGGUGCAAAAUGGCAAGACUACCAACGGAGUCACCAAUGGCAUCCACCUGCCAGCAAGUCGCCUGCGGUUAUCUGACAGCAAGAGCAGCAGUGGCUCCUCUGAGCUGCCCCCUCAUCUGGAGCGGAUAAAGCAGCAAGCGAACGACGCGUUCGCCCGUCAGCAGUGGACUCAGGCCAUCCAGCUGUACAGCCUGGGCAUCCACGAGGCCACGCGCAACGCCAUGCUCUACGGCAACCGCGCCGCAGCCUACAUGAAGAGGAAGUGGGAUGGUGACCACUACGAUGCCCUGCGGGACUGCCUGAAGGCUCUGUCCCUGAACCCCAGCCACCUGAAGGCCCACUUCCGGCUGGCCCGCUGCCUCUUCGAGCUCAAGUAUGUGGCCGAGGCCCUGGAGUGCCUGGACGACUUCAAGGGCAAGUUUCCUGAGCAAGCCCACAGCAGCGCCUGCGACGCCCUCGACAAGGACAUUAAGGCCGCCCUCUUCGCCAAGACAGACUCAUCGGAAGACAAGAAGGGGAACAGCUCAAUCCGUUUCCACAACUUCAGCCGGAAGGAGUCCAUCUUGGAAGACGAGAUCGUGCUGCGAGAGCGCAGCUUCGACUAUAAGCACCGUUACUGCGGCCACUGCAACACCACUACAGACAUCAAAGAGGCCAACUUCUUCGGCAGUAAAGGGCAGUAUAUCGUGAGUGGCUCGGACGACGGCUCCUUCUUCAUCUGGGAGAAGGAGACGACCAACCUGGUGCGCAUCCUGCAGGGGGACGAGUCGAUCGUGAACUGCCUGCAGCCCCACCCCGGCUACUGUUUCCUGGCCACCAGCGGCAUCGACCCCGUGGUGCGGCUCUGGAACCCCAGGCCAGAGUCGGAGCGGGAGAACGGGCGCGUGGUGGAGGACAUGGAGGGGGCGGCCCAGGCCAACCAGCGGCGCAUGAACGCCGACCCCCUGGAGGUGAUGCUGCUGAACAUGGGCUACCGCAUCACGGGCCUGAGCAGCCGCGGGCCCGAGGGCUCCGACGACGAGGACAGCUCCGAGGGACAGGUGCAGUGCCGGCCCAGCUAGGACUAGCAGCCCCCCUGCCGCCGCCGCCGCCGCCACCACAGCAGCCGCACCGUCAGGGUUCCUAAAACGGAGCGCGAAGAAGAGACACAAACCCCCCACACCUGUUCCCACGGCCAGCCCAACACACACCUCCUUCUCACCGCCAGCACGGAGAAGGGACGCUACGUCAGCCGAGACGACCAGCCCACCCCCGAAGCCACCUACGCUCGGACUUCCUGUCCUGUGCCAUGCCCGCCCACCCCUGCUUCAUGUUUGUGCGCGUGUGCUUUGUGUUAAAAACAAAACAAACAAACAAAAAUGCAAAGCUAAUAUAGCAACAGUGAAGCAGCACCUCCACCUUAGAUGUUCUUGUGACUGUUUUUGUUUUGGUUUUGGAUUUGAUAUUGUUUGCUCAAUUGCACCCCACCCUCUCCCUCUCCCUUUUUCUUAAAUGAGGAAAGAGCGAGUGGCACCACUAGCUGUAGUGCAGCUUCACCCACCCCUCCUCUCUGCCUGACCCACUCUCCUAUCUGACUGGCCCAUAUUGGGGGGGGAUACUGGCCUUGGGGUAUGGUGAAGUUUUGUGGGGGGGGUUAAAGAGAGGAUCACCU